AUGGAUGGUGACAAUGUGGAACAAGGAACUCCUCCUCAUGCUCCGAUAGAUCCUUUCGCGGAGAAUGUAACAAAUGCGGAGUUUAGGUGGACUUUUCAAAUGUUGGCCCAAGCCAUAACGACACAAGCCACUAGAGAGUUGGUAGUCCUCGUGAACCCAAAUAUGCGUAUGGCGGCUUCAAGAGUGAGGGACUUUAUGAGGAUGAACCCUACAGAAUUUUAUGGCUUCCAAGUUGAGGAGACUCUCAAAAAUUCUAGGGCUAAGAUGAAUACGUUUGUGACGGGUAUAACUGAAAUGGUGGUUAAAAAGUGCCAUACCACCAUGCUCAUUGGUGACAUGCACAUCUCUCGUCUUAUGGUCCAUGCACAACAAAUUGAGGAGGAGAAACUCAAGGAAAAUUCUACGGAGGUAAAAAGGGCUAGGACCGGUGAUGGAAACUUCUCUAAUGCAAAGUUUGAUGGACAAGGUCGACCUAGAUUUCAACAAAGGUUUUCUAGUCAAGGUUCUUCUAAUGCUCCUCCUAAGUUUAAUAAGGAUAGGGUGUCUAACCCUAAACCUCAAGGAGGGAAUAAAUGUGGUUCUUCUUUGGCUAGGUCAAAUUGCUCUAUAUGUGGAAGGCAACAUGAUGGUAAGUGCCUAGCCAGCAUGGAUGGUUGCUAUGGUUGUGGAAAGAGUGGUCACAAGAUGAAAAAUUUCCUGAUGCUUAAGGCAAAAGGGAGAGAGGGGGCAAGCAAGCUCCUCUAA